GGCGGCAGCCCCUUGGCAGAGAUCCUGGUCUCGCCGCCCUGCUAGGGGCUCAAGAAGAGGGCAGGGAGCCCCCCUGGAUCUCCACGGACGUGGCUUGGUGCCCUCCCCUUUCCUGCCUCCGCGACCUCAGCCUAGUUUGGCCCGUCUUCCCCCUCCGGAGGCUCAACGAAGUGGGUGGGAAGCAAAGUCUGGACUCGCCUACCUAAGAUCCUGACAGCAGACUCAAGGGGACCGACCAGCUGACCCCAAGCCUCCGUUCCUCCGUGUUGACACCUGGCCGGCGAGCAGGCCCUGCCCCCGCCGUCGGCCAACCCGUCCCGGUCCCCCGCCCUCUCGCCCUGUUUCUUCACCUCGGUUCACCAACAGGAUUAUUCUGCUCCCAUCAUGUCCUGGUUUGCUGAUCUAGCUGGAAAGGCAGAAGAUCUUUUAAACAGAGUUGAUCAAGGGGCUGCAACAGCUCUCAGUAGAAAAGAGAACACCAGCAACAUCAUUUAUAGCAAAAAUACUGACUAUUCUGAACUUCACCAGCAAAAUACGGACUUGACUUACCAGACGGGAUCUAAAACUACUUACAUUUCCUCAGCAGCUGAUAACAUUCGAAAUCAAAAAGCCACCAUCUUAGCUGGGACUGCAAAUGUAAAAGUAGGAUCUAGGACUUUGGGGGAGACCUCCCAUCCUGUUGAAAGUGCAUCUGCUCCUAGGCCUUCAUCCCAGUUUGUUCGAAGAAAAAAGUCAGAACCUGAUGAUGAGCUGCUGUUUGAUUUUCUUAAUAGUUCCCAGAAGGAGCCUACCGGGAAAGUGGAAAUCAAAAAAGAAAGGGCCAAAACCCCUGUCUUGCAGAGUUCUCAGACAUCCAGCAUCAGUUCUGUGAACACCAGUGUAACCACCGUCAAAGCCGUUGAAGAAAAUCCUUCUGGGAGCCAAAGCCACGCAGCCUCUCAUGAUUCAGAUUCUGGCCAUGAGGCCCACGAAGAUUCUUCAAAGGAAAAUGUAUUAUCAAAUGCUGCCUGUACUGAUCCCAGCCUAGUGCCUAAUGAUGAUGGCAAAUCUCAUGAACUGUCCAACCUUCGCCUGGAGAACCAGUUGUUGAGGAAUGAAGUUCAGAAUUUAAAUCAAGAAAUGGCCUCAUUACUUCAAAGGUCCAAGGAAACUCAAGAAGAGUUAAACAGAGCAAGAGCAAGAGUCGAGAAGUGGAAUGUUGACCAUUCAAAGACUGAUCGAAUAACUCGAGAACUUCGAGCCCAAGUCGAUGACCUGACUGAAGCGGUGGCUGCAAAGGAUUCCCAGCUGGCUGUAUUGAAAGUGAGACUCCAGGAAGCUGACCAGCUGCUGAAUACUCGCACAGAAGCACUGGAAGCCUUACAGAGUGAAAAAUCACGAAUAAUACAGGAUCACAGUGAGGGUAGUAGCCUGCAGAAUCAAGCUUUGCAAACUCUUCAGGAGAGACUGCAUGAAGCGGAUGCCACUCUGAAGAGAGAACAGGAGAGCUACAAACAGAUGCAGAGUGAGUUUGCUGCACGCCUUAAUAAAAUGGAAGUGGAACGUCAGAAUUUGGCAGAAGCAGUUACGCUGGCAGAAAGAAAACACUCAGACGAGAAGAAGAGAGUGGAUGAGCUACAGCAGCAAGUCAAAGUGCUGAAGUCCAACUUGGACUCCUCUAAGCAAGAAUUAGCUGACUACAAGCAAAAAGCUACUCGAAUACUCCAGUCUAAAGAAAAACUGAUUAACAGCUUAAAGGAAGGAUCUGGUUUUGAAGGCCUAGAUAGCAGUACUGCUAACAGCGUGGAGCUAGAGGAACUUCGGCACGAGAAGGAGACACAGAGGGAGGAAAUACAGAAACUGAUGGGUCAGAUACAUCAGCUGAGAUCCGAGUUACAGGAUAUGGAGGCUCAGCAGGUGAGUGAAGCAGAAUCAGCAAGAGAACAAUUACAGGAUCUGCAAGACCAAAUAGCUGGGCAGAGAGCAGCUAAACAAGAACUAGAGGCAGAAUUGGACCGACAGAAGCAGGAAUUCCACUACAUAGAAGAAGAUCUGUAUCGAACAAAGAACACAUUGCAAAGCAGGAUUAAAGAUCGAGAAGAUGAAAUUCAAAAACUCAGGAAUCAGCUUACCAAUAAAACCCUAAGCAACAGCAGCCAGUCCGAGUUAGAAAACCGACUCCAUCAGCUGACUGAGACUCUCAUCCAGAAGCAGACCAUGCUGGAGAGUCUCAGCACAGAGAAGAACUCUCUGGUCUUCCAGCUGGAGCGCCUCGAGCAGCAGAUCAACUCUGCUGCUGGAAGCAGUAGUAACGGGUCUUCUAUUAACAUGGCUGGAGUUGACAGUGGAGAAGGCACACGUCUGCGAAACGUUCCUGUUCUGUUUAAUGACACAGAAACUAAUCUGGCAGGAAUGUAUGGGAAAGUCCGCAAAGCUGCUAGUUCAAUUGACCAGUUUAGCAUCCGUCUGGGAAUUUUUCUCCGAAGAUAUCCCAUCGCGCGAGUUUUUGUGAUUAUAUAUAUGGCUUUGCUUCACCUAUGGGUCAUGAUUGUUCUGUUGACUUACACGCCAGAAAUGCACCAUGACCAACCACGUGGCAAAUGAACUGAGCCUGCUUGAUUCAGUGAUCAACCUUUCUCCAGACUGGGGAUCUGCGGAAGGGUCACUUGCCUAAAAUUCCUGAGAGGGGUGUGCAACAUUAUUUUAUCACUACAAGUAUUGAACUUUUUAAGUUAUUAUACAAGUACUCUGCUACCCAAAUUUUCCUCUGAUUUCCUUCAAAUGGUAAGAGUUUCUGAAACAAAAAUAAUUUAGCAAGCUCAGCUCUACUUUUUCUGAGGUCAGCAGCACGGUGUAUAUAUGUACACACAGAGAUACUGGGGUUGGACGCCUCUGUACAGGCUUUCUGUAUUUUAGGUGACACUCAUUAUGGAUUAUAAUCAGGGAAACUAAUUGUAUUUAGUGAUAUAAAUAAAAUGUUUUCUUUUUGAUAAUUCAGUCUGCCUUGUAUUUUCAUAUAUUUAACUUUGCAAAUGUAGAUUUACUUUUUACAUGUUAAAGACCUGAUUGGUAUAAAUCUUUUUAUAAAUAUGUGAAUAAAA